CCAUGAAAGAAUGGCCAGUUUCGAAACAGGUGGAGGAAUUUCUAUUGAAGUGUCAAGCGCACAAGGACGACAAAAUUGAAAUGUUAUGUGAUGACCACAGUCAGUUGUGCUGCACAAAGUGUGCCUUCAAUGAUCACAGCCAGUGCAGUAAAGUGACCCCGAUUUCGGAGCUGACCAACUCCCAGCCCACAGACCUACAGGGACUGUCAGUGGAGCUGGAAACUGUCAUGGGGGGAAUCAAAAGCCUACAGAUAAAUCAGGAGGCCAGUGUUCAGUCAUUGCAGAGAACAUACAAGGAACAUGGGGCAGUCAUGAUAGAACAAUUGCAUGGCAAUUUAAAUACGAAUAUAGAUAAGUGUUGUAAUAGUUCUGUGGGUACAUCGGACAAAAAUUUAAAAGAAGAAAUGUGUUGGAGUGUUCUUUCUAUCUUGAAUGAAUUUGAUAGUAUUACUGUGAAGGAACUAAAUGAGAUAAAAGAUGAAGUUAUAAGCAUAAAAGGGUCAGUUACAAGUUCCAUUCAUAAAUGCACCAGUCUUCACAAUGACUUGUUACAACUACUUGAAAUCGUUCAGAAAAUUGGAGAUAAUAAGGAGCUCUGCCUUAUAGCCAGCAUAAAAUGUAAACAUAUCAUACAGCAGGCAUUGACUCUGCUUGGAAAGUCAGGCAAGGUGUUUAAGGUCCAGGGGAAGUCUGAGCACAAUGUGAGAGUACCAAGUGAUUCAGUUUCAUGUGCUAUCUCAGGCAUAUGUGUUCUUCCAGAUGGACAGGUCCUGGUUGUAGACUGGACAAAUAAUAAUGUCAAGCUGCUGAACCAGCAGUACCAGGUGGUGAGUCACUUGGAUGUGAAUGCUCGGCCAUUUGACAUUUGUUUGAUCACACCUAGUGAGGUUGCAGUGACUGUGAAUGCUAGCAACAUACAUGAGGUCCAGUUUAUCACUGUCAACCAGGGAAAGCUUGUUCCUGGCCGGAAGUUUCAGUUACAACAUGAAUGUAGAGGUAUUGACCAUCACCAAGGAGACCUUUUUGUCAUCUCUAGUGAAGAACUCUACAAAUACACACUGAAUGGCAAACAGGUCUGCAGUCUCUAUAGGUCAUUUGAUGGUACAGUGUACGAGUGUGCUGUGAGUCCCACAGGAGACAGGCUGUACAUCACCAGCUGGCACUGGCAGCACAAGCUUCUCACCCUGGCCAGGGAUGGCACACUCCUGGCUACAUACACAGACCCAGCACUAGAGCGCCCAGUGGGUCUACAUGUGACCCCUGCAGGCCAGGUGCUGGUCUGUGGAGACUGGUCCAACACUGUAGUACAGGUGGGCUGGGAGGGGCAGAGUAAGCUGACUACGCUGGCUACUCAGUGGGAUGGAGAGUGGUGGCCACGGUCAGUCUGCUACAGCAGCACCACAUCAUCCAUCAUUGUGGGACAGCAGGGGGACAACAUCCUGGUGUUCAGAGUGGAAUAGUGUGUACAUUUGCUGCUGAGUCCGGACAAAGAUGCUGAGGAUGUGGUGGGACAAGAAUGACCUGAAUAUGCAGAAGGUGCUUGUGCUUGACCAACCACGAAAGGCCGUCCCGUCUAGUCAGAUGUCACAGUCAGUUACGAGAGGCCGUCCCGUCUAGUCAGACGUCACAGUCAGUUACGAGAGGCCGUCCCGUCUAGUCAGACGUCACAGUCAGUUACGAGAGGCUGCCCCGUCUAGUUAGACAUCACAGUCAGUUACGAGAGGCCGUCCCGUCUAGUCAGACGUCACAGUCAGUUACGAGAGGCCGUCCCGUCUAGUCAGACGUCACAGUCAGUUACGAGAGGCCGCCCCGUCUAGUCAGAUGUCACAGUCAGUUGAGAUUGACAAGAAUGAGGCAGAGGCACAGAAAUCCAGCAUUAUUUUACUCAAGGUAAGAAACCAAGCAACAUUCUACCCAAGCAACUGCUCAGCACAGAAGACAUCUGUCUGACGAAAGGUAGGCUGUAUCAAAGUCCAGUGAUGUUGGGGGAUGCGGCCAUUCCAUGUCUUGCAAUUAAUGCAUCAUGACAUUUCAGCUGGCACUAACAAGGGAAUUGUAGAUCUGCACCGCAAGAGAGCACCAGCAUUGAUAUAGAGUUGGAACGGCAAUGGCACCAGUCAGUCCCCAGUCCAGCACGACCCCUCCCCUGACACCUAGCUCCUCCAAUUUUGACCUCCGGCCUCAAAGGGUCAGCAUCAUUGAAAAAUUCCGUCCAGCAAAAAAUUAUGAGCACAUAGAGUUUUCACACAUUAAUCUCAGCAACUGCAAUGUCAGUGUUGAGUGAUCCACACUUGAGCCUGAUUGGUUUGUUAGACUCGAGAGCUGCAGGUGAAACAAGCAUUACAGACAUUAGGAGUUAUUACUGCAGUUAUGGUAACACUAACAGUCAGUUAUUGCUGUUGAACAUCACACGAAUAAUACAAAGUUGGAUAACUUGUUUCAUUCUUUUUGGGACAAACAGAACAACAGCAAGGAACAGGAGAAAAUCAAGGAAUAUUUGAAGAGUUUAAGUCAGAAGCGUACGCUUUCCGGCGGGGAUACUGGACAAUCCCGGUUUGUCCUCUCAGGUGUCCAAACUGUCCAAAGAGAAGGAACUUUUGACGCAGUUGCUAACAAAGAAAGGCAGCACCAACUUUGUUGUGAACACUCAGAGCAACCAUGGCCAUGCCUCAGGCGGGAAGUCCAACCAACAGCUGAAACAAGGUGCUAAAGUUGAACCCAUCAGGGUUUGUAACUUCCCACUCCAAUCCUAAACAGCCUGGCAUUGAAUCGGAGAUAGAGAAGGUGUUGAAGAAAGAUAGCAGUUUUGAUGCGUCAUCCAGUAUGACCUAUGAACGCGACGUUCGUUCGUUCGUUAGAACUCAAACUCGGCCCUUAGCAAUUUCAGCGAGGCUAGCAUGUGGUCUCAGCUUCUUGAGCUUCAGAAAACAUUAUAAGCAAACAAGACAAACAUCAUGAAUGUUUAGGCAAUCCCAAUCCACUUAUACUACAACUCGCUCAGGAAAUUCAGCACGCCACCUUUUAACAUCUUCUCACAAGGCGCUAAAUCAACACUUCCAACAGCUGAGCCUUGGUGAGUUCAACUUUCAUCCCGAGGAGUCACUCGAGGUGAAACAAUCUGAUCUACAGAUGGAGCAGGCGCUGAGUGACUCGUCUGUUAACGUGACUGACCUCCAUAUGUUGCUCUCUUAUAAUGUGAACCUGACGCCUGAGGAGCAGUGUUGUCCUACAUUCCCUGUUCUGGGUGGUGACUUUGGCAUCAAGACUCACACAGUCUCUGUCUAUGGCCCUGUCAAAGCAGCAGCAGCAACAAAAACAGGAAGUAUUUCAGCUGCACUCUGGAAAAACAGGGCUUAAUGCAUGUGCCUUAAGUGUUUUACCCACAAAAGCGUGUUAAGUCUGCCCGCUCUUAUCAGUGACCACACUUUCUGAAUAUGCCUUUAAAUAAAAAAUUCCACCAAAGCGGAAAGUGUUGUGGCUGAUGAGUUUGCGCAGAAUGCACAGGCUUAUCUGGAACGACUUUUUAAGCUUAUGCAUUUAGCCCAUUUAAAGACUUUAGAGUUGCACAUUUAGUUCAUGUAACAUCAGUUCUUUUUCUGAUCUAUUAGGAGAAAAUUACCAAUCAGGAAUUUUGUUUUUUUGACAGGCGACAGGUCAAAUUUAGUAAAUAAAUACAAAUAAAAGUUGAUUUAAUAUCAGCUUUAAUCAUUAAGGAUCAGGGCAUAUUUCCAUACAUUUUUAUGCCCCCCUUCGAAGAAGAGGGGGUAUAUUGCUUUGCUCAUGUCGGUCGGUUGGUCCGUCCACCAGGUGGUUUCCGGAUGAUAUCUCAAGAACGCUUGGGACUAGGAUCAUGAAACUUCAUAGGUACAUUGAUUAUGGCUUGCAGAUGACCCUUAUUGAUUUUGAGGUCACUAGGUCAAAGGUCACAGGUGAAGGUCACAGUUACUGGAAAUAGGCAUUUUAAGGAUUUAGCAUGGUUCAAACAAGGGAAACAACUACCGUUUAUGCAUGUCCUUUUUAUUACAGCAUUUGCCUCCCUUUAAUUCAUUUAAAAUCUCAUUUUACAGCAGAGAUUCCAAAUCUGACCUGUAAAUGAGCCCUAUAUUUACUGCCAGUGCUAGGUUACCUUUUCCCAUUUGAUCAUUCUUAAGUAUUGGUAUUGUAA